GACGGAAGCCGCUGGCUCUCAGUCACUCUUAGCCAAUCAGCGCACGCCUCCGUUGUUUGCCUUUCUUUUUGAAUUGAGCUCCAACAGCAGACUGACACCCUCUCUGGGUAACAACUGAGAAGUUGUUAGCUGUCAACAAACUAAAGUAAUUACUUUGGAAUAUUUUCACGCAUAAAGAGCAACAUGCACUGAUACUAGACGUGAGCUUUAACCGAAAGAUGUUACCGCCUUUAUGAAGAGUGUUUUGGAUCGAAACGGACAUCUCGGGAACUUUUAAUUGACUUAGUUGACUUACUAGCUCGGUAGCUAGCUAAGUUAGCUACAGAGCUUAUUGAAUUUCACUGGUCCAGCGGUCAGUUGAGCUUCACUAGCUCUAUUUUUUCUGAAUAUUUUAUCAAAGUUACAAGGAUUCAUAGCUACUGUUUGGACAGUUUGGUGCCUCCUUAGGUUCCUGCCAUGGCUGACAGCAGCAUAGUGACUUUGGGGACAGCUCGGAGUCUGUUGGUGGAUUCUUCGGUCUAUGACUCGAGGAUUGCUGAAACCACCAAGGACCAUGUAUUUCUGGGCAUGACAUGUGAAGAUGGGGAAGAUAUGCUGCCAAAAGUGGAGACACGAGUUGUUCUGGUGGGAGAAGCAGGUAGAAACGGAGCGCUGGUCAAAGCACUGCAGGCCAUCAAAGUAAUGGAGGUACCUGUGGUAAAGAUAAAAGAAGGCGAGGCGGGUACCGAGGAGAAAAUGAUGAUAAAAUCUAUAGUCAAUAUGGACAUCAAUACUCCAUUCAUAAUGACAGACAACAUCCAGGAGUUUGCAGAUGGAGAGAACACUGAUUUUGAGACAGUAUUUGUCCUCAAAGACUUUGAUUCUCCUGACUACAGCUACCUCUACAAACGUGAUAACCGCAUCGUUGGGCCUCCUGUGGUGCUGCACUGUGCUGCGAAGGAAGAACCUCUACACUUUUCUUGUCGUCCUCUCUACUCCACCACCAUGCUCAACGUAUCGCUGUGUUUCACUGGCUUCAGGAACAAAGAGGAAAUGAAAAACUUGGUGAAUCUGGUUCAUCACAUGGGUGGGACCAUUCGGAAAGACUUCAGCACCAAGGUUACUCAUCUCAUCGCAUACUCCACUCAUGGAGAAAAAUACAGGUUGGCGGUGUGCAUGGGGACUCCCAUCCUUACUCCGUCAUGGAUUCAUAAGGCCUGGGAGAGAAGAGAUGAUGUGCAUUUCCAUGCAGGCGAAGAAGAGUUUCGAACAGAGUUCAAAGUGCCUCCGUUCCAGGACUGCAUCCUCAGUUUUUUAGGUUUCUCAGAAGAAGAGAAAACCAACAUGGAGGAGAGGACUCUUAAACAUGGUGGAGGUUACCUUGAGGUUGGAGAUGAAAGGUGUACACACAUGGUGGUGGAGGAAAACUCCGUGAAGGAGCUGCCAUUUACUCCCUCUCAAAAAGUCUUUGUGGUCAAACAGGAGUGGUUUUGGGGAAGCAUUCAGAUGGACGCUCGAGCUGGAGAGUCCAUGUACCUCUAUGAGAAGAAUGACAGCCCAGCCAUGAAGAAAGCAGUGUCCCUCCUGUCCCUCACCACCCCCAACAGUAAUCGUAAGCGUCGCCGUCUGAGGGACACGCUGGCUCAGCUCACCAAGGAGACAGAGAUAUCGCCUUUCCCUCCACCACGCAAAAGACCAUCAGCUGAGCACUCCAUGUCCAUUGGUUCUCUGCUUGACAUCUCUAACACCCCUGAGACAUGCAAGGCUUUGGCAGAGAGUUCAAAGCCAUCCAAGAGUUCGACUCCAGUUCUUUCCAAGCAGUCAGCCAGGUGGCAGGUCUCCAAGGAGCUCUACCAGACUGAAAGCAACUAUGUAGACAUUUUAAGCACCAUCCUACAGCUUUUCAAGCUUCCUUUGGAGAAGGAGGGGCAGGUCGGAGGACCCAUCUUGGCCCAAGAGGAAAUUAAGACGAUAUUUGGCAGCAUUCCAGACAUCUACGAGGUCCACACCAGAAUAAAGAGUGACCUUGAGGAACUGCUGUCAGACUGGUCAGAAAGCAGAAGUGUUGGAAACAUCAUCCUCAAAUAUUCCAAAGAGCUGGUGAAGGCCUAUCCUCCUUUUGUCAACUUUUUUGAAAUGAGCAAGGACACCAUUGUUCGGUGUGAGAAACAAAAGCCACGCUUCCAUGCAUUCCUGAAGAUCAACCAGGCCAAGCCAGAGUGCGGAAGGCAGACACUGGCUGAGCUGCUCAUCAGACCAGUGCAGAGGCUGCCAAGUGUGGCUCUACUUCUUAAUGACAUAAAGAAACAUACAUCAGAUGAUAACCCAGACAAGAUAACACUGGAGAAAGCAAUUGAGUCUCUGAAAGAAGUCAUGACUCAUAUCAAUGAGGACAAGAGAAAGACUGAAGGCCAGAAGCAAAUCUUUGAUGUUGUCUAUGAAGUCGAUGGCUGUCCUGCCAACUUGCUGUCCUCUCAUCGCAGCCUUGUUUACCGAGUAGAAACAAUCGCUCUAGGAGACCAGCCGUGUGACCGAGGAGAACAUGUGACCCUAUUCCUCUUCAAUGACUGCCUUGAGAUCGCAAGGAAGAGACACAAGGUGAUCAAUACAUUUAAAAGCCCGCUGGGACAAACAAGACCACCACCCCCGCUGAAGCACAUAGCACUGAUGCCACUGUCGCAGAUUCGAAGAGUGCUGGACCUGCAGGACACUGAGGAGUGUGUGAAUGCCUUCGCCUUGGUGGUUCACCCUCCGACUGAACAGGAGAACUUGUUGUUCAGCUUCCAGCUGACUGGAGAGGAAACAGUUAAAAGCGCCUGGCUGCGAACACUUUGCCGCCAUGUCGCCAACACCAUCUGCAGAGCUGACGCGGAGGACCUGAUUCAAUGUACAGACCCAGACUCCCUGCAGGUCAGCACUAAGGAUAUGGACAGCACCCUGAGUAAAGCCUCCAGGGCAAUCAAAAAGACAUCUAAAAAGGUGACAAGGGUGUUUUCUUUCACGAAGACACCAAAGCGUGUGAUCCAGAGAGCAUUCCUGGCCAACACUACUCCAGAUGAGAAAAGCCAGAGGCUGAGUAUUGAAAACCGUGUCGGCAGCAGCUCUACACUAGCUAUGCCUCGCUCUGCCUCUACAUUCAGUUUGAGUGAUUCUGCCAAGGGCAGUGCCGUGGUGCAGCGCUCUAACUCUCUGGACCACCCUCCUGUUAGAGCCAGGGUUCCUGUCAGUAUGCGUCCCCCCUACAGCCCAGUUUUAAACUCUGCCCCUGAGUACAAUCCAUCUUUGACCCAAUCACCACAACCUCAGUCAAGCCUCCUCAAUUCCCAACAGUCCACCUCUUUGACCCAUCCCACAUCCACAUCCAUUCCAGCUGUGCGAAGCUCCACUCAGAUCAACUCUAAGAAUUCCCAGCCAAAAUCUUGCAGGGAUCCCCGCGUUCCCUCGGACUCUCGCAAGUCUGUCCUGACCAGUCCUCGCAGAGAGACUCUACUCUAAACCAUGGCUGAGCUCAAUCCUGGAGUCUGAUGUGAGCAGUCAAAACUGUUGUCUAGUCUGAACUAAGGGUGCACCAAUACAAUAUUUGAUUCCAAAUUAAUCUUUACCACCUGCUGUGUGAUUUGCAUUUGCUUGUUUAACCACUGGUGCAUUUCUAGUCCCAAAUCAACUCCUUAGAAGCUCAGACCCUGCAGCAAUGAUGGAUCAAAAUAAGAAUCAAACUUAAGUCUGAUCUGUAGUGGGUAAGAAGGGAGUGGAUCUAUUCAAGUAGUGUGGUUGUAAUGGUUCUUCCUUCUGGAGAUGGGCAGAGAUUUUAAGGGUUGAUUUGGAAUAAUUCUUCCCAAAUGUUACUUGGGUUACUAACUGGUGGUAGCGGUGGUGGCUGGGAAUGUUCACUAGGUGCCUCAUAUUAAUAGUGAACUAUAUAAAAAAAAAAGUGUGUAACAGAGCUGAAUUUAGACUAGAGUUUUGUGUUUCCACUCAGAAGCCUGGAAGACAGUCUAUUUAAAGACAUGACAUCAGAAUAGGUUAUUUUCUUUUCCUGUCAGUUGUUUGCUACGUUACUGUUGAGCAUAGGCAAAUCCAUGAGCAUUAUACGUAUUAGAAAGCCUUUGAUCAUUAGCCAUUCAUAUUAACAGUUAAGUUAAUGAAAUUGGCUGUUAUAGAUCUUUGCUCUGUUCUCCGCAGUAUCCUUUUGAAAGAACUUGAAUGACUAAUGUAAGUGCCAGUUGGAGAAAAUAUCAAAAAUAAAAUCCAAAUGUCAAGGCAUGCCUUUAAUUUUGGAUGCAGUGGUCUUUGUGUGUUUUAGCUAGUCCACACAAAAGCAGCUCACUAAAAUUAAAAUGUCAAUGCAUUCAUGAAAGCCAGGCUGACUUCUCAACAGAGCUUUAAUGUGCGAUGGCAGGUCACCUGUUAUCUGUCCUACAUUUUAACCACCUGUGAUGUUUAAGCCACUGGGCACAUCAUGUCCCAUAUUCACCUCAGCCAUUUAACCAGUUCCCAGCUGUAUGAAUACUGCACUGCCUGUGUGAAAGGUACGCACGCAUGAGGUUUGACAGAACAGACUGACAGCUUUAUUUACUCACAGUGAACCAUAUAGGCACUCAAGCAAUUUAAGAGUCAUUUCACACUUGGUAGUCCUUAUUGUACGUACAUUUAAAUCCAGUACAUUUGAUAAUCACCACUGCUCCAGAUCAGGCUAGUCUCACUUAGCUGGUCCAUUCUGUAGUGCGCAAUAGUUUGACUGCACCAAAUUAUCAGGAGGGGGAAAAAAAACGCUCUGACUCCUUCGUAUUUGUUUCAACCAGUCACAUUUGUUUUGGGAAGAAGCGAUGCAUGCAACUUCGGAGUUCUUAGAAAAUAGUGGAAUUGUUUGUACCUAAUCUGAAAAAUUCACUGUUGCUGUUGUAUUCAUAGUAAAAUGGAUUUCAAAAACGAUUACGCCAAGACAGUGGAAGUAGAGAAGAAAGUUGCCUGAAAUAAGCUGGCAGGGCAGUGGCAGGACUAUACCUGAAGGCUACAUCCAGUGAAUCAGAGUAAGAUCAGGCAUACUCAGGUGCGGUACCAAAAUUAGGAAGUGUACCAUUGUUGAAGACAGAGCAUCAGUUAUUCUACUGUCAUUUUUACUCUACUAAGGAAUACAGCUGAAUUAUGUGAUGAUCUGUGUACGUUUAUCUGUGCGCAAUGUUAUUGAAAAACGCUCUAACGAGUUUGGAUUCAAUUUCUAGGGAAGGUCAGAAAUGACACAUGGACCACCUGAUUAGAUUUUGACAGCGAUGUGGCUUAUAGUCUGGAUCUUCUGAUUUUUUUUUUUAAAGACUUCUGUAUUAUUGCCAGAUAGUGGCAUGGCGUCACUGUAUCUGUGACAAGAAGUGAAUGUUUCGUCAGCUGCCUGCUAACAAUCACAUGAUUGCGAUCCUACUACAAGUCCAUCGCUGCAGACUUAUCAGGACUUAUCAGUUGGACAUUGUACGAGUGAGCAGCCUUGGCGGAGUGCUGCGCUCUGAGUGCAUUUCUUGUUUAAAAUGUAAAACUAAGAGAAGCAACCUGUCUCAUCAAAUCUCAACACACAUCUGUUUCGUGGCAUAGCAGGUGAGAUUUGAAGACAGGCCACAGUCUUCUUGUCUGUUCACCAGUAAAAGCAGGCAUGUCGCGUGUGAAGUCAGCUGCAUCAAUUUGUUCUGCUUUGAACAUGAAUGUGAUGUGAAAGUCUGUCAACCAGCGGCAGAGUUGGAAGGAGGGGCAACAGGACACAAAUUCCUCCUUAUCUAAUCAGGAAGUGCCUUUGACUGCUAACCUGCUAGCAAACACGACAGUUUCGGAAAAGUCCACUUUACUCCUAUCUUGCCUUAUCAAUAUGAUUCAGCUGUUGCCUUUUUCUACCCACUUAAGUUUGCAGCUUGUGUGUGUGUGUUUAUGAGCAGAACAGGCAGACAAAGCUUUCCCUCUCAGUGUGAAUGUGUCUGAUUUUUAACUAAUGCUUACAGUGGAAACUGUCAUUUUCAGACUUUAACAGUCUGCUUUGUGUUUGUUUCUGGUUUAAUCUGACAGAGGGUUAUUUUGAAUAUUUUAAUUACAAGAAGCACAGUAUCUCCACUGCUCUUCACUUUCUCAGUUUCCAGAUUUUGUACACUACACGAUGAAACCAGGUUUCUGUAGUCCCCUAUUCUGAUUUUGUUUGUCAGGUCUCUUGUAGACUUUACAGUUUAAGUAUUCUAAGGGCUUCAGUAGAAAGGAAUUGGACUUCUCUUUAUGGCACUUGAAGAUGUCCUUAUUUUCCAGAAAAGGUCUCUUGUUGAGUACAAACUCGAACCAUCAGGCAAUCCAGACUGAAGGAUUUAGCCAGAUCACCUAAACCAUUUUAUUGGGAGGUAAAAAGAGAAGAACCACCAUCUCUUUUAGUUCAAAAAAUGAAAAUUCCCAUCCAAACGCGGGAGAAAAUUAAAUGUCCCAUUGGUAAUGAUCUUCAUUCAAUUUGCCAUAUAUGAGCACAAAAGGCCAAGGCAAUGUCUGAUCGAUGCAUUUUCAGUUGCUAUCACAGAAAAUUCAGAACUGACAGAUUUUUGCUGUUAAAAGUGAAAGAAUUAAUAGCCAAGGCAAAAAAAAAUUCAAUUUUACAAGUAAUGCGUGGAAGCACUUUGGAUUCAGUGCCGUAAAUGUAAAAUACACUUAAAGGCCUUUUGCAGCCUUUUGGAAUCCAGUGGUAUUUAAUUUUAUUCAACAACUCUGCUCUUCUCCAGUGAGAUAAUUAAAAGCAAAUGUAGCAGAGCAUGCAAGUAAGUCUCAAUGAAAUAAUACUAGCAAAAAUGAAAUCCAUAGUAAAAACUCAAAAUGCUAUGUGCUGGGUGUGAGAUUCAAAUGGAAAGAGCAGGGGCUUCAAACAGAAAACAGCCUUUGGCAUUAAAACUCGCCUCUUUCUCGGCAAAGGCACGCUGACCAAACAAAGUAUCCGUAGUCACAAUAAACAACUCGUGUUUCUUACCGCUUUGGUAUAUUAAUCUCAACUUUCCAUUGUCAUCCUUUGAAAGCACAAUUGGGUGUUAUCCUUUUCACUGUCUUUUCCAACUCUCCUCCACACAGAUUUGUCAGAUUCGCUCCUCUCUUUUCUGU